AAUGAUGCGUUCCGUCAAUUGUUUGGCUUGCGUAAAAUCAACCGGCCGUUGAUAUUUUGCAUGUACCAACUUGCUUGAAGUGAAAAGACGGUGUGUCUGUGCGGUAUUUCUAUUUUGCGUUUACAUUUUAUUAACGAAAAUGGCUGACUUACGAUUAAUAUCCAGGGAGUUUCUCACAGAAUUUAUAGAUUUAUAUAGACAGAAUGAGUGUUUGUGGAAAAUAAAAAGUAAGGAUUACUCAGAUAAACAGAAGAAGAAUGCUGCCUAUAAUAUAUUGGUUGAGAAAUUGAAAGAAGUAGAGCCGGAAGCUAAUAAGGACAUGAUUGUAAAAAAAAUUAAUUCCAUGAGAACAUGCUUUAGAAAGGAAUUAAAGAAAUAUACGACAUCAUUGAAGACAGGAAGUGGAACCGAAGAUGUGUAUAAACCAAAUUUAUGGUACUUCGAUUUGCUGCUUUUUUUGAAUGACCAAGAGACGCCAAGACAAGGCAGAGACACGAUAACUGACCAGCAUGAGGGCGUUAGUGAUGAGGAUGAAGAUAUACUUCGAGAUAUCAAUGACCAAUCAGAAAAUGCAGUUAUGUCAGAUGUUGUGACUGUUGCUACCCCAAGCCUUUCACGAUCAGCAUCAAGAGCUACCUCAGUAGGUUCCAAAAAGAAAAAAAAAGAUCGUGCUGAUGAAGUUUUAGAUGUUAUAGCAGAAUCGUUGCAAUCAAGUAAUAACCAAAAUGAUUCCGUUGGAAGGUAUGAUUCAUAUGGAAGACACAUUGCUCAAGAACUUGAAGAGCUUCCCCCAAGAAUGGCAAUUUAUUGCAAAAAAAUUAUUAAUGAAGCACUUUAUGAGGCACAGAUGGAAAAGUUAACGGCACAAUCAAGAGUGGUAAAUGGUCCUGAGCCUACCUUGCGAAAUACUGGUCUAAAUUACAUCAAUUAUGAAACGCAGCCCGCAGAUGACAUUCAACACUUAGAGUCACGGGAGGAAAAUCUGUCGGUAUCACACUCGACAAUGAUAAAUCGACCAGAACUUACAACUACCGAUCUACAUCACAACAAUAGUGAUUAUGGAAACCGUCCAGUAGGACAAUACUUCUCGCAGUUUGUGCCAAAUUCCAGUCAAAUUGACUAUCAAUACAAUAAUUAGAUCGUAGAAAUCUUGGUACAAAUAAGAUGUUAAUUAGUACGUUUUAGUUUAGUGUUAGAUUAGUGUACGUUGUAG